AUGACUCAACCAGGAUGGGGGUUGCUGUUCCUAGGCCUCUUGGCCAUGGCUCAUGGACUUCGGAAGGGUAAUGAUCUGCUCAAUGUCUGCAUGGAUGCUAAACACCACAAGUCAGAGCCUGGUCCAGAAGAUGACCUUCAUCACCAGUGCAGCCCAUGGAAGAAAAAGGCCUGCUGUACCGCAAACACAAGCAUUGAAGCCCACAAAGAUACCUCCUACCUGUACCACUUCAACUAUGACCACUGUGGAAAGAUGACCCCAGCCUGCAAACGCCACUUUAUCCAGGAUACUUGUCUCUAUGAAUGUUCCCCUAACCUAGGACCCUGGAUCCAGCCGGUGUCCUCAAGCUGGAGGAGGGAACGGAUCCUGAAUGUUCCCCUGUGCAAGGAGGACUGCAACCAGUGGUGGGAGGAUUGCCGAACCUCAUAUACCUGCAAAGAGAACUGGCACAAAGGCUGGAACUGGACUUCAGGGAUUAACCAGUGUCCAGUUAAGGCUGCCUGCCAUCCUUUCACAUUUUAUUUCCCAACACCAGCCUCCCUAUGUGAGAACAUUUGGAGUCACUCUUAUAACGUAAGCUCUUUUGGCCGAGGCAGUGGCAAAUGUAUCCACAUGUGGUUUGACCCAGCCCAGGGAAACCCGAAUGAAGCUGUGGCUAAAUAUUAUGCCUUUGCCUUUGCCUCUGCCCCAGGCAUCUUCAGUUGGGGGGCCAGUUUCCCCUUCUUGACUUUGACACUCCUGUUGCUUCUCUGGGGUUAA